CAUGAUUAUAUUCGGAGACUUUUAUAUAGAUUAUUUAUUCAGACAUAAACAAUUGCAUGGUGAUAUUGAAGAUUCAGUAAAAUCUAUUAACCGACUCAUUAAGUUAAUUCAUUUUGUUAAAAUAAAAAUAUGUUGAUAUUUAAAUUUAUUUAAUGUGCAUUUUUUUCUAAAUAAUUUUUAUUAUCACAAAAUAAUUACCAUUAUGAGAAAUCUACACAAUUUAAUAGUUAUAGUAAUCAUUACAAUAAUACCAAAAAGUCUUACGAUCAAAAGUGAAUUUCCUGAUGGUUUUUUGUUUGGUGCAUCCACUGCAUCUUACCAAAUUGAAGGAGCUUGGAAUGAAGACGGAAAAGGUGAAAAUAUAUGGGACAAAAUGGUUCAUUCUCGCCCAGAGUUAGUCAAAGAUAGUGCUAACGGUGAUGUUGCGUGUGACUCAUACCAUAAAUACAAAGAAGACGUAGCGCUUGCAAAAGAUUUAAAUUUGAAUUUUUAUCGGUUUUCAAUUUCAUGGACUCGUAUAGCACCAACCGGAGAAAUGCAUAAACUAAAUCCUAAAGGAAUAGAUUAUUACAAUCGUUUAAUUGAUGAACUACUUGCAAACAAUAUUGAACCAAUGGUUACGAUGUACCAUUGGGAUCUUCCACAGUAUCUUCAAGAUCUCGGAGGUUGGGUCAAUCCAAUUAUGGUCGAUUAUUUUACAGAAUAUGCAAAAGUUUUAUUUUCAAAUUUUGGCGAUAAGGUCAAAUGGUGGAUUACACUUAAUGAACCCAAAGAAACAUGUAGAGCUUAUUCGAAUCAUAGUUAUGCUCCUUAUUUAAACUUAAAUAACACAGGAUAUUACAUGGCUGGCCAUAUCCAAUUGCUGGCUCAUAGUAAAGUUUAUCAUUUAUAUAAUGAAUUGUUUAGAGAUAAACAAAAAGGUAAAAUAAGUAUAUCAAUCAGUGGAGCAUUUUACAUGCCAAAAAAUGAAAGUUCGGUGGAUGACAUGGAAAUUGCUGAUCGAGCCAAUAAUUUUGAAAUAGGAUGGUUCAGUCACCCGAUAUAUAAGGGUGAUUAUUCACCAAUUAUGAGAAAAUUUGUGGAUAGGAAAAGUAAAGAAGAAGGACGACCUUGGUCAACGUUACCAACUUUUACAGAUGAAGAAAUAAAACUACUAAUUGGCACAGCAGAUUUUUAUGCACUUAAUCAUUAUUCAUCUCGUUUGGUAACUAGUGGUUCAGAAUUAGACCCAUCUUUUAAUUCAGAUGCUGAAUAUUCAACUUUUGUCGACGAAUCCUGGCCAGUUUCUAUUGCUCCUUGGCUUAUAGUUGUACCAGAAGGCUUGCAUAAACUUCUCGUUUGGAUAAAAAAUCAAUACAAUAAUCCACCAGUUAUCAUUACAGAAAAUGGAUAUGCUGAUGAUGGUAGGAUAAAUGAUUUGGAGAGAAUUGAUUAUAUUAAGAGUUAUUUGAAUUCAACACUUAAAGCUAUAUACCAAAACAAGUGUAAUGUUAUUGGUUACACAUGUUGGUCGUUAAUAGACAACUUUGAAUGGAUGGAUGGUUAUAGGUAUCAUUUUGGAAUGGUUCAUGUCGAUUUCAAUGAUCCUCUUAGACAACGUGUACCAAAAGCAUCAUAUCAGUUUUACAAAAAUGUUGUUACUAACGGAAAAUUAGAUGUUCAGUACUGAUACUAACUCAGAUAACAAAGAAUCGUUUUUCAAUAAAACUAUUGCAUUAAUAUUUUUAAUAUAUAAUAUUUCAUUUAUAUUAUUAUUUAUGUGCGAUAAAGUAAAAACAAAUUAAUAAUAACAAAAAAAUAAUUUUAUUAAAUGAUAAUAAUUAUAAUAAUGUUAUUCAACUAUAUUUUCACAAUAUAAAAUAUAUAAUGUUUAUGUUAAAUUGACUUUAUAACUAAUAAAAUUAAAUCAUAGUAUAAAUAA